AUGGUGAAGCAACGCAUGACGGCGCUUGACGUGCGGGCCUCCGUGGAGGAGAUGCGCUCAGAGCUGCUCGGCCUGCGCCUUCUGAACAUCUAUGACAUUUCCUCAAAGAUGUUUCUCUUCAAGUUUGGCCACGGCGAGAACAAAAAGACGCUGCUGCUUGAAAGCGGCGUGCGGAUGCAUCUCACGCAGCUUGUGCGGGAGAAGCCCAAGGUGCCCUUGCAGUUUACGCUGAAACUCCGCAAACACGUGCGGGCCUGGCGCCUUGACUCCGUCACGCAGCUGCAGCACGAUCGAACGGUGGACUUUCGCUUCGGGGUGGGCGAGGGCGCCUCCUACCACAUCAUUGUUGAACUCUUUUCGAAGGGAAACGUGGUGCUGACCGACCACGAGUACCGCAUCCUGCUCCUCCUCCGCACACACAGAGACGACGACAUCAAGAUGUUCGUGCGGGAGUUGUACCCUGUGACACGACCCUUUGAGGAGCAGCUGCGGGCGGAGUCCACUGCGCCGUCUGCAGAAGAGCAGCGGCGGCAUCGCACGGAGGCACUGCGUGAGGAGUGGCACGCUGUCUUUGCCCGACACGCCGACUACGAGACGCUGCGAUCGACACUCUCGGCGGUGCAUCAUUUUGGCCCCGCUCUUGCCGAUCACAUCUUAAACGUCACCGGCGUCAGGAAUGUAAAGAAGGGCGAGCUAACCUCUGACGCGGAGACUAUGUUUAAGCAGCUGCUGCCCGGGAUGCUUCAGGCAUGGGAGAUCGCCUUCUCCCCUUUGCCUGGUGGCGGGUAUUUAAUUGCGUACCAGAAGCAGGCCAAAACAGCAGCAGCAGCGAAAACUGGCGAGGGCAAACCACAGGCAGAGAAGCCGCAGGAAACGACGGUCGAUGCAAGCCUGGCUGAGCGACCGCAACAGCUGCAGGCGGUGCACUACGAUGACUUCAGCCCCGUGCUUCUUGCCCAGUACGGCGGCGACCGCGUCGCGACGUUGUUUUUAAAAAGCUUCGGCGGUGUUUGCGAUGCCUUCUUCCUCUACACCGAGACGGAGAAGAUUGAGCAGCACAAUGAGAAGAAGACAACCUCCGUGCUAUCCAAGCGGAGUAAGUUUGAGCGUGACCACCAGCGCCGCCUAGGCACCCUCGAGGCAGAGGAGCAGGAGAACCAGCGCAAAGGGGAGUACAUCAUCCACAACGCGGAAAAGAUUGACGAGGCGAUUGGGCUCAUCAACGGCGCCCUUGCCGCAGGAAUCCAGUGGGAUGCGCUGCGCGGGCUGCUGCGGCGGCGGCACGCAGAAGGGCACCCCGUGGCGUACAUGGUGCAUGAGCUCUUCCUUGAGCGCAAUAGCAUGUCGGUGCUGGUGGAGGCCAACGAGCCGGAGGACGAAGACGCGGAGGCCUGCGACGUGACACCAUUGGCGAUUGAGGUGGACCUCAGCAAGACGGCGUACGCCAACGCGGCCACGUACUUUGCAAAGAAAAAAUCCAACCGGGCCAAGUACGAGAAAACCGUCGCCGCCACCGCCAAGGCGUUGGCGGGAGCUGAGAAAAAGGGUGAGCGUGUAGCGGCCAAGCAGAAGACGAAGAAAGCCAUUGUGAAGGAGCGUCAUCGCUGGUGGUGGGAGAAGUUUGCGUGGUUUCGCACCUCCGCCGGCGACCUCGUGUUGCAGGGGAAAGACACGCAGACGACGGAGAUCCUCGUGCGACGGGUCAUGCAGCUGGGGGAUGUCUUUGUGCACUGUGACGUGGAUGGCGCUUUCCCGUGUCUACUUCGGCCGGUUGGCUCCGCCUGGACCACCGCCUUUGUGGAGGACGCAGGCAAUUCUUCACCGGCUCCCCAGGCAAAGGUAUGUCGAAUCCACAUGACAAGUCUCGAUGAGGCCGGUGCAUGGUGCGUGAGCCGCAGCUCUGCGUGGGAAAGUAAAUUUACCGUCGCCGCAUGGUGGGUGCAUGCGUCCCAGAUCACUGGGGGGACCGCCAGUGGCUGCUACCUUUAUGACGGGGAAAAGCACUACCUGCGUCCGCAGCCGCUUACCUUUGCGUGUGGGCUGCUUUUCCGCGUCACCGCUCGCCGCAUUGACCCCACCAACCAUGAUGAGCUUCCAAACUUCAUAGCCGAAGGCGAACGCGGCCCUCAGCACGAGGAUAUCAGCGGAAAUGGUGCCUUUCUUUCGCCUGAUAGUGCCACUGCACUCCGCCCGUUGCCGUCUGUUGCGGAGCUGCGUGGGCCUCGCCAUCGCCCGAAACAACAACAACAACCACUGCAGCCACAACAGCAGCACCAAACCCACGGCGCAGCUGCAGGGAAAUUCACCCAAAAGGGGAUGAUUAUGGGUUCUAUAGCGACCAGACCGACACCAACGACGGCAGCCGCGGGAACCGAGCGAGGCGGCGGUACCGCCAAGGUUGUGGCUGCCCCUCCCUCACAGAAGAGCACGCAGCAGCUAACAAAGCACCAACGGAAGAAGCUCAAAAAAAUUCAGGAGAAAUAUAAGGACCAGGACGAGGAGGACCGCCUCCACGGUGCCCUUCUUAAUGGCAAUCAACUGUCGAAGGUGCAGCUGGAACUGCUGAUGCGUCAGCGGGAGGCGGCGGAGCAGCAUGAGUCCAUGCCGUCGGUGGCAACCGAAACCCACAACAAUGACGACAACGGGGAGGAUGAAUUGGGUGUGGAGGAGGCAUCCGAAAUCGGCGAGGAAGACAAGGCGGAGGCGAAGAAGCACGGCCAUGCAUCUGCCUCUGUGUCUGGCAGCAACUCGUCAGGUAAGAAAGAGGAGCAAGCAAUCGAAGAGGAAGGGGAGGAAGACGAUGAGGAGCGCAGGAAAGGCGAACGACAGUUAGGACCACGCGACGCUGUCGGUUGUGUGGAGGGCUCGUGCGCUGCGAAGGACGAGGAGCUUCGCCAUGAGUGGCAAUACUUCACCUCACAGCCGCAGCCGACGGAUAACAUUGAGUACGCCGUGGCAGUUUGUGCCCCUAUGAGUUGCGUCAUCUCGUACAAAUACCGUGCCGAGUUGUCGUGUGGAAAUGCCAAGAAGGGUCAAGUGACGACCAGCCUGCAGCGGUACUUUCUGACAAUGACCAAAGGCAUUGAGAAUGCGUCCGAGGUGGGCGCCGUGGAGUCGUUGGACGCGAAUGGCGUGAUGGAGCAGCUCCGCGGGAAUCUGAAGUGUCUCCCCAUGAGGGGGGCAAAGUAA